GCAGCAGCAGCAGCAGCACUUCACCCAUGCCCCGCCCCAGUCGCCUUCUCCCGGAGCAGCAGCUUUUCCGCCUGGGCAUCUGCACUCCCUGAUGGCACACUUUGUGUCCGCUGACGAGAUGAGUUCGCUUUCGGUUUCGAGUGAUGUAGGCAGUGUCGCAUGUGGCGAUCUUGGUUUAGCUUUGUACAGAGUUGCGAGUACAUUCCUGGUAGGGAGGAAUUUUGGUCUGAUAGCGGUGCAAGUAACCAUUUUGUGAGUAACAGCUCCAAAAUGUACAACAUCUCGCCUGUUCCCCCCGGCAAAGAAUACAUCAGAGUAGGCAAUGGUGCUCAUUUGCGCGUGGAGUGUGUGGGUAGUGUCAAUCUGGCAUUCCACAUGGCAGGAGGCCGCUCGAGAGAAGUGGAUUUUUGUGUCCAAUUGACAGACGUGUACGUAGUGCCAGGAAUUUCGUUCAACUUGUUCUCCCUGCACCAAACGCAGAAAAAGCACAGGAUAAUGUUGGAUGAGAGGGGUGUGCACCUUUUCGGCGGUCGGCUUAGUUUCGCAUAUUCGGAUAUCGGAUGCUCUCUAUCGGCCACCCGCUUGCCCCCCUCGUACCGCGACGGUGAUGUAAUCCCCUCUACCGUUGUCCCUCCCCCCGUUGUCCGCCAAGCGUCUCCGCCUGGCGUUGGCACUGGCCUUUUCGCCCAAAACCCCCCUCCCCCUUCUCAGAUUUCAGGAUCGGGUGCAGGGUACGGUCCGAGUUCGAGCUUCCCGUCCACCGGUCACGCCGGUGUUGUACCUUCGACUUCGAGCUUCCCGUCCAUCGGUACUGCCGGUGUUGUACCUUCGGCUUCGAGCUUCCCGUCCACCACUUCCGGUGUAGUACCUCAGAGUGAUGUUUCUCCGUCUAUCGAUGUUGAUGUAGUGCCUACGUCGAUCCGAGAUUUUCAGCCUGCCCUAGCCGCAGCCAUCGCCUCAUCCGACGUCCUGUCCCCCUCAGUCGUGAACCCGAAUGUGUCGCGAGAGAUAGAGAUCAUGCCCCUUGAGUCCCAGGAUAAUUUGCCUUUGAUGGACAUGAGUAUGUUCUUGGAUGUAGGCUUGAUGAACGGACAAGACUCGGUCCCACCGGGUGACUUUUGUCCCGACCCAUUAGGCGUGUGUGAGUCCGUAAAGCCCCCCGUCGCGUUCGCUGUGAUGCAAGAUGAGUUGGACGUGCUCCGAGACUUCGUUGCCGAGUGCCGUGUGCAGCAAGAUGUAGGUCCCCCCUCCCUUUCCCAUGCUUUGGCGAUUUUCGCCCCCGGUGGUCCAGCGUUCACGGUAGGAAAACCCACGUCCACCAUCGACAUUAAUUUGUUCCACGCUUCCACCGGCCACGUGAAUGAAUUUUUGAUGCGGGAAACCGCCAAGCAGCAGGGUGUUCAAUUGGUGGGGGAACUGCAGCCAUGCGUCGGCUGCAUCGAGGCGAAGGGCAGGAGGGCCCCGGUGCCGCGGCGUGGAGUCACCCGCGCGGCGGUACCGUUCGGCAAGGUGCACAUCGACAUCACCGGCCCGUACUCUGAGGCGUUCGAUGGUUCCCGUUACCUGAUUAUGUUCGUGGACAGUGCGUCGCGGUGGCAACGGGCGUACGGCAUGCGGGCCAAGAGCGACACCCUGACGUACACGCGGCGUUUCCUCGCCGACCUGAACGGCAACGGCCCUCUGGGGUGUUUCCGCAUGGACAACGCGGGGGAGUUCACGAGUGCUGCCUUCGUCGCGUUCUGCGACGCCGCUGGCAUCCGGCGCGAGUACACCGCGCCCGACACCCCGAAGCAGAAUGCGGUCGUGGAAAGCGCCAUCUGGCGAGCCAUGAAGGGGGGCCACGCCGCCCGCCGCCACGUCCUCUCCAUGGGCCACUUCGACCUCGCCUCCAUCCCCGGUAUGGACGCCAACGGACACCGGCUGUGGCUUGCAUCGGCGAUCUGGGCAUCCGGCUGCUUCAACCGUUCGGCGACGUCGGGUAACCCGGCCUGGAUGUCGCCGUUCGAGGCCUUCUUCGGACGCAAACCGCCGCUCAAGGUCGUCCCCUUUUUCCAGGAGGGGAUGAUGCGCGUGAAGCGCGCCAGCAAGGCGGACGUCCAAUCCGUUCGUUGCUUCUACCUGCACGGAGCGCGCAACCACUCCGACGCCACUGCCGUCGUACUCCGCGCCGACACCGGAAGGAUCUGCCUGUCCAACAACGUCGUGUGGAUCAACCGCCGCACCGCCGUGCCGGCGCCGGUACCGGCCAGCGGGGGGGGUUCUUCGGUCACCGCGGCGCCCUCGCCGGCCGCCGCCGCUCCUACAGCCGCUGCCGCACCGCCACCGCCAUGGACAUCGCGGACGUACACCCACACCCCGCCCACAGCGACUACCGCUACGCAGCCGCCCGCUUCACCGCCGCCAGCUUCUCCGUCGAUCUUCACAGGGUCCGGAGCUCCGUCGCCGAUAUCCACGGCGUCGUCGAGUGCACCGCCGUCCACCGCAGCCACGCCGCCCCGUCCACCGCACGCAAGCGCCGCCGCUCCCGCUCCCCAUCACCCGCCGCUUUCACAUCGAGCCGUCAGAGAGUUGGGCGAGAAGGAAACUAGGGUACAUGGCCGUACGCGCGGCGACCGCGUGCGCUUCAUGGAUGAGCAACAGCAACCGCCGUCGCCGUCAGGUGGCGGCACCGCUCUCCAACACCGCCUUGGGCUGCUGUCGAUGAUGGGCAAGGAUGCGCUCGUCUCGUCGCUCGCCACCCGGGAAGCCGUCGAUCAAGGACGUCGAGACCUGCCACCGUCCGCCAACAUCGCCCCUCCCUCUCCCCCACCGCCGCAAGAUACGAGUUUAGUAGGCCAUGGGAGCGGGGGGGCCGCAGGAGCUGGGGGGCCGGGGGGCCUGCACAUGUUCGCAGCAAUGUUCGCCACCCGCGAGGAUGUGGAAGCCACUCUUCGUGCCAAGCGCCCUCCUGACAAGACGCCGGACCUUCCUCACUGCCUCGCCAGCGACCUCCGAGUGCCGAAAACGUUCAAGGAGGCCAUGCGGUCUCAACAUUCAGAGUUGUGGGAUGAUGCAGUCGGUCGGGAGUCUUUCGUUCUGCUGGAUGCAUGUCCUUUUAGUCCGGUGUUGCAACCAGUAGAAAACUUCAUCAACGCCAAGUGGGUAUUCAACUGUAAGGCAGACGAGUACGGAUGGCCGACGAAAUUCAAGGCACGACUUGUAGCGCGAGGGGACAUGCAGAGGGCUUCGAUUGAUUUUGGAGAAUUGUUUGCACCCACCGUGUCCGUGUCUAGUGUGCGUUUGUUGGCAGCAUUAGCAUGUGAGCAGAACCUUGACUUGUGCCAUUUCGAUAUUCAGCAGGCAUUUGUGCAGUCUGAGCUUGAAGAGGAUGUUUUCAUGCGUCUCCCGCGAGGUUGUGGUAGGUUAUCUGGACUGAUCGUGAAGCUAUACAAGAGUCUGUACGGUUUGAAGCAGGCAUCACGACACUGGCAUGCGCACCUGACGAGGUGUUUGUUACUUUUAGGAUUUGUGCAAUGUUUGGCGGAUGCAUGUGUUUUUCGAUUGAUGGAGGAUAUAUGUGUGAUCAUGAUCAUUGUGGUCCCCGUGGAUGACAUUUUUGCCGUAGGGCAGAAGAGAUGUGACAAGUUUGGCAGUGACCUCAACGACAUGGUCCCCGUGAAAAACCUUGGGGAGUUGAGGUGGUACUCCGCGUGCUUUUACCAGAGAGAUCUAGAGAGAGGCCUUUUGAGGAUCUCGCAGCAAAGGUUUGCAGAAGAGUUGGCUGCAGAGUACGGCGUUGAGUGGGGGAAGAGUGUGCCCUUGCCUGUGAGCGUGAAGCUCACCGACUUUGACGAAAACGAAGCGUGUGCUGAUGUCCCGUUUCGCGAGUUGGUAGGAUCCCUGAUGUGGUUGGCCACUCAAACCAGGCCGGACAUCGCGAAUGCAGUACGAGCAGUAGCGCGGUAUUGCGCGUCUCCCAAGAUGGUGCACUGGAAGGCAGCACUUGGUAUUUUAGGGUACGUGCGUAGGACGAGUUGGAUGGGGAUUACAUUUGAGAGGGGCGUCGUGACAGGUAUAAGCAUGCAGGUGUUUUUGGAUGCCGACUAUGCAAGCAAGGCAGCAGACCGUAGGUCGGUCUCAGGAGGACUAGUGAUGUGUGGGGGUGGGUGUGUGACUUGGUUUUCGAGGACGCAGAAGUGCGUCACGCUCUCCACAACGGAAGCAGAGUAUGUGGCAAUUGCCGACGUCUUGAAGGAAGUGCUUUUCUUGAGGCAGGUUUGGCGUUUUAUGUUGCCAGAUGCAGCAACGAAUUUCGCCUUCAAGAAAAAGCUGGACAGACGCUUCAAAGCUCGCCUGGUAGUCGGAGGACAUCGUCAAGAGCCAGGACAUGAUUACGGACGCAGUUACGCCCUAGUAUGCCGUAUCUGGAGCAUUCGCAUGACGUGCGCCAUUGGCUGCCACAACAACUGGCCCAUCUACCAACUGGACUUUGUCGGUGUCGUCCUAAACGCCCUCUGCGACAGAGACGUGUACGUCAGACUCGCCCCCGGUACAUCCGCCAAGAACUCCGCGACACUAGGAGAACUCAUGGUGUACAAACUAGAACGGAGCCUCUAAGGCC